GGAGAGGAAAAUGACAGCACUGGGCUUGCGACUACCCACCGGCAAGCUAUUGGAGCUGCCGGCGGCGCUGGGGCGCGUGAACCGAGCUUGCAGCACGUUCCAAACCUUCGCGGAAGUUCUCAGGCUGCCCACGAGACAAAUGACGAAGCUCGCGUUCCCACUACAGGAACUCCAGCGGCAGCUCACACCAGACUCGAGGUUGGACCUUCACGUGAAGACCUUCGACCCGAGUCUGGAGGACAUCUCCAAGGCGGAGAGCGUCUUCACGGCCACGGGCCGCAACUGCAUCGAGUACCUUAGCUCCGCGGUGCGUCUCGACCACGCCCCGGACCUCCCCCACCCUGAGGUGUGUUUUAUAGGCAGAAGCAAUGUUGGAAAAUCCUCUCUAAUAAAAGCCUUAUUUUCACUGGCCCCAGAGGUUGAAGUCAGAGUCUCCAAGAAACCGGGGCACACAAAGAAAAUGAAUUUUUUCAAAGUUGGAAAAUAUUUUACAUUGGUGGACAUGCCAGGUUAUGGCUAUAGGGCUCCCGAAGAUUUUGUUGACAUGGUAGAGACCUAUCUAAAAGAACGAAGGAAUUUGAUGAGAACAUUUUUGUUAGUGGAUAGUGUUGUCGGAAUUCAAAAAACCGACAGUAUUGCCAUAGGAAUGUGUGAAGAAUUUGCAUUACCUUAUGUGAUGGUAUUAACAAAAAUUGACAAAUCUUCCAGGGGACAUCUUUUAAAACAAGUGCUUCAGAUCCAGAAAUUUGUUGACACUGAAACACAAGGAUGUUUUCCUCAGUUGUUUCCUGUAAGUUCUGUGACCUAUUCUGGAAUCCAUCUGUUGAGAUGCUUUAUAGCGAAUAUAACAGGAAAUCUUAAGACUAAUGGCCUCUAGUUUAGCUGAAGAUUCAAAAUUCUUUUUGCCAACUGGAGUUGAACAUAUAGAAUUUCAACAUUGUUUUAAA